AUGGCGUCUCUGAGUCGAGGAGGCAGCGCAGCGGGAGACCCUGUCGACCUGCUCCGCUCGGUGCUCUUCUACGCGCAGGGCGUUUUGCGCUCCGGUAAAGCCCCGCUCCGCUCCGCGCCUCGCGUCUCGGAACCUCGGGACGCAGUUAACGUUUCCUCCGAUUCGCCAGGUUCCACGACGUUCAAAGGAGAGACGGCGUCGGCGCCGAGCGCGGCGACGGCCCCGGCUCCCCGGCCGACGUCGCAUCGGAACAAGUUCAGCCGCGAGUCCUUCGAGGAGAUGCGGCAGGCGGCGGGACUCAAGAGCGGCGACAUGACCGACCCCCUGAACUUCCUGGAUCCGCUUUGGACCCUCAAAAAGAAAUAG